UAACUCUUUACUUAUAAAUUGAAAAUAAUUGUUUUAUAUACUCGUGAUUUAUAAUAAAAAAAAUAAUAAUAAUAAAAAUAAACUGAUAACAUAAAAUAUGAGUUUUUAUAUGUGAAAAUUAAAUUAAAUUCAAAAAUUUUUAAAAUUCUAAUAAAAAAAUAAAAAAAUUUAGGUACGUCUACAUAUUUAAUAUUGAAAAUUGGUCGAAUUUUGGAAAAUUGGAAUUUGCAAAAAAAUAAAUAAAAAUAUUUUGAAUAAAUACGUAAAAAAAAGAAAAUAUUUUUGUAUAUAAAAUGUGAAAUCGUAUGCGAAUUAAUAAAAAAAAAAUAAGCAAUAAGAAUAAAAAUAUUCCAUAAGAAAACAACGUAAGACAAUAAAAAAUAAUCAAAAACAAAGAAAAAUUAAAAAUAAAAUGAGAUAGUGAGAUCGUAUAGCAGUGAAAAUUCACGUGAAAUUAUUUAUGCUUGAAAAAAAAAAUACAAAACAAAAUAAGUUUUCCUGCCUCCUCUCUCUCACCAGCAGCACAACUUUCUUCGCAUUAGAAUUUACCAUAAGUUUUAUCAAUAGUAAAAAUACAUAAUUAGCAGCUAUAGCGUACCUACAUACACACUCCACUAAAUAUUUAUAAAUGAAAAUAUUUUUAUUUGGCAAAUAAAAUUGGAUUUUCUUACUUAUACCCACAUAUUUUAUUUAAAAUAUUAAAUAUUUACUAAACAAAAUUAUUAUAUGUAUGUACGUAUUGUAUAUGUACGAAUUUGCAAUAUAAUCUUUCAUGAGUUAAUAAUAACAAAAUAAUAUAUUCCGGCAACAUAAGCAAUAUAAAAAUUUUAAAUAAAAAAAAAAACAGUAUUAAAAAAUGAAAAUUCAUAUUAUGAAAAAAAAUAAACCAUCAACAAUAGAAAAAGAUGAACCAGAUGAAUUAGAUACAAGGAGUACUGUAUUAGAGGGCAAUCCACCACCUGGUGAUGAUGAUUUCGAAUUAUGGGAUCAAAGCCAAAUGUGGAGAUCAGAGCAUAAAAAAUGGCAAAAUAACACUUGGUGCAAACCAUCAUGUAUUCCAAUUACAGUGAUUUUCUUUUUAAUAGUUUUAGUUGUUUUACUUCCAUUAGUUGAGCAAGCAAAUGACAAAAUAUUACAUACUAAACAUAAUGGCUCACAAUAUUUAUGUACAGAUAGUUGCAAUAUUCAAAUUGUUGAAAGUAUUCCAAUAGGCCUUAAUUAUAGUGAUGAUAGUCCAAAAUAUUUAUCAACUUAUGAUGCUUGGAUGAAAUUAUUAAAAUUAGCAAAUAGCACUAUUAAUAUAGGCUCAUUUUAUUGGACAUUACGUGGUACAGAUUUUUAUAAUCAUAGUACAGCAUGGCAAGGUGAAAAAAUCUUCCAACAAUUAUUAAUUGGUGGUACUCAACGGAAUUUACAAAUUCGUAUUGCACAAAGUGCCCCAACAAAAGAGAAUCCAAAUCAGGAUACAGAAUUUUUAGCUAGACGUAAUGCAGCUGAAGUACGUUCUGUAAAUUUUCCAAGAUUAGUUGGUGGUGGAGUUCUUCACACGAAAUUGUGGGUUAUUGAUGAACAACAUUUUUAUUUAGGUAGUGCCAAUAUGGACUGGAGAUCUUUAACACAGGUUAAAGAACUUGGUGUACUUGUAACAAAUUGUACAUGUUUAGCAAAAGAUGUUAAUAAAAUUUUUAAUGCAUAUUGGUAUUUAGGGAAAAAUAAUUCUCACAUACCUUCGUAUUGGCCAGAUGAAUAUAGCACAAAAUUCAAUAUGAACAAUAUGCUAAAAGUUAACUUUAAUCGAGCCUAUGAUUUUAGAGUCUUCUUUUCCAGUUCUCCUCCACCAUUAAGUCCGAGAGGUCGCACACAAGAUUUAGAUGCAAUUAUCAAUACAAUUUUACAUGCUGAGAAAUUUGUUUACAUCGCUGUUAUGGACUAUUUCCCCUUGACGAUAUACACUCCAAAACACAAAUACUGGCCAUAUAUCGAUAAUGCAAUACGAACAGCUGCUAUUGAAAAUAAAGUUGCCGUUAAAAUGCUUGUUUCAUGGUGGAAACAUUCUAGACCUGAGGAAGAUAAUUAUUUACGGUCACUCGAAAGCUUAGCUGACUCUAAAAAUAAUAUAGAUAUACAAAUAAAACGUUUUAUUGUUCGUUCAACUCCUGAUCAAGAUAAAAUUCCAUAUGCUCGAGUUAACCAUAAUAAAUAUAUGGUAACAGAUAACACAGGUUAUAUUGGAACAUCAAAUUGGUCUGGUGAUUAUUUUACUGAUACUGCUGGCAUUGGAUUAAUAUUAAGAGAAACUGAUUAUGAUCGAUUGCAAAAUGAGACUACAAUACGUAGCCAAUUAGAGAAUAUAUUCUUAAGAGACUGGGAUAGUGAAUAUGCUGUUGAUUUAUCAACUAUAAAUGUCCACUAAAUAUCAUAUAGAUUUAUUUCAUUAAUAAUAGUAAUUAAAAAUUUAAUUUUAUUUGUAAUUUCACUUAGUCAUAAUUUAGUUUUUAAAAUAUAUUUUCUUGAAAUUCACUUAAAACUUCUCACACAGAUACAAAUAAGACGAAAUACUUAAUACAUAAUACAAUGAAUUUAAACUUUACUUUAAUUAAAAAUAUAAAAUAUUAAUUUACUACAAUGUUAUAUUCUAAAAAAAAUUUGCUCUUGUAAAAUGCACAAAAUUUGAAAAUUAAACAAAAUUAUUGAGCAAAU